ACAACAUGUUCAAAUGCGCUAUUGUACUCUUUGCUCUCAUCGCUUGCGCUGUUGCUAAACCCGGUAUACUAGCUGCUGCUCCAUUGGCUUAUGCCGCACCCGCCGCUGUUUUUGCUGCUCCUGCGCCUGUAGUGACCGCUACAAGCAGUCAAGUGAUCGCGAGAAAUUAUAAUGGCAUUGCUGCUGCUCCAGUUGUUGCUGCUGCUGCGCCAGUAGCGGCUCCAGUUGUCGCUCGUUAUGCCGCUGCUGCGCCUUUGGCUGUUCCAGCUCUUACCCACUAUGCAGCAGCUCCUUUCGCGGCUCACUACGCCGCGCUACAGUUGCUGUUCUGA